GUUUGUUUGUUUUAUUGGACUUGACCAGUUUUGUAUGUAAAGAAAAAGAAAGAAGAGAGAAAAAUAAAACAACUGUGGCGUACUGGACUCUGGGGUCAAACGGUGCGCCCUUGGCAUCACACCAACCCCCAUUUGUGUCUAAACCUUGAUCAAGGAAAAUAAGUUAGGAACAAUAUGGUGGAGCCUGUUGGAUUCAUGGAAGCCUGGAAAGCGCAGUUCCCUGAUUCGGAACCCCCCAAAAUGGAGCUGCGGUCCAUUGGAGGUAUAGAGCAGGAGCUGGAGAAGUGCAAAGCGUCAAUCCGACGUCUUGAACAAGAAGUGAACAAGGAGCGUUUCCGAAUGAUCUAUCUGCAAACCCUCCUGGCCAAAGAGAGGAAAAGCUAUGACAAACAGCGGUGGGGUUUUAGGAAGACACCUCUUAAUGAGGGGGUAGACCCUGCUGCCCCUCAGGGUGCAGAGUCACCAUCUCAGCAGCCCCACAUGCAGGAGACUGGUGGAAUCGGGGGUACUGGUGGGUAUGCUGUGAUGGAUCGGAGUCGCUUUCAGCCGCUUGCAGAUGGUACAAGCAGGUCCAAACCUAGGCCUCCACCAGCCAGGAAGUCUGCUUCCCAUGGAGAUGGCUUGGAGUCAGCAUUUGACUCACCCCAACAAACUGAGUCUACAUCCUGUGACAACCUUGAUGGCCUCUCCCCAUCUAAGCAGAGAGGUGGUAUGGCCCUGUCCCCCCGUAGGCCCACCCUUCCACCUCCAGACAAGGAGCUGCCUUCAGACCCAAAAGACAAACUGGGGAUGGGACUUGGCGUGGCGGCUCUCAGGUCAAACUUUGAGAGAAUCAAACGGGCCAACUCUCACUCAAGUGGAGAUGUAGGUAAGGGUCAGGAAAAGCAGUUACCACCCCCACCGUUCUACACCAACAUGGAAUUCCAUCACGAGAGGGGUCUGGUCAGGGUCAACGACCGGGAUGUGUCAGAUAAAAUCAGCUCCCUGGGUACUCAGGCCAUGCAGAUGGAGCGAAAGAGGUCCCUCCACUCUCUCCCAGGUAAUCUGGCAACAGUGGCAGGUGAGCUCCGGGCCAGGCCUGUGUAUAGAGGAAGGUCUACUGAGAGCACCUGUGGCUAUGAUGCUGAAUACGAAGAUGGGGAACCCAAUCAGCGGCAUUCAGGGAGGGCUAAUGGGGGCAAGCCUCCACCUCCUCCUUGGCAGCCACCUGAGUUCCAGGCUUACUCCAGUGUCUAUGUUGGUGGGGUAAUGAUGGGUGAAGGUGGCAGUGGAGGCGGCAGUGGGGUCACAAUGAAAGACCACAGCGGAGGUGACGAUCACCUGCUGACAUGGCCACGCCGCUCCUACUCCCCAGGUAGCUUUGAGGAUGCAGGGGGAGGUGGAGGUUACACGCCAGACUGCAGCUCAAACGAGAACUUGACAUCUAGCGAGGAGGACUUCUCCUCUGGACAGUCCAGCCACGUCUCCCCGAGUCCUACUACAGGGUUCCGACGGCCAUUCAGAGAGAAGAGCCGCUCACCUUCCCAGAAUUCCCAGAACUCCCAACACUCCUACGACAGCAGCAGCCCUCCUACACCACAGUCACAGAAGCGUCACCACAGGCAGCAAGGAGGCCAUGUGGUCAUGUCGGAGGCCACUAUUGUGAGUGUUCGCAAGACGGGUCAAAUCUGGCCGCCUGCUGCACACCAUGACCUCAUCCACCACAGUCGAGCAUCCCACGACAACAGUUUUCAUGGAGACCACCUUGAUGGUCAUUUUACCGGAACUCCUCCAUCAUAUGGCUACGAUGCGGACCGAGCAGAGGAGCAGCGGCGGCACCAUGACAUCCUGCCGUACAUCGACGACUCACCAUCAUCCUCUCCACACCUCAGUUCCAAAAGCCGUAGCAGCCGGGACACACUCUCCUCAGGAUCACUGGAGUCCUCCAAGUCGACGGAGUGUGACCUUGAAAAGGGCUUGGAGAUGAGGAAGUGGGUUCUAUCUGGGAUCUUGGCCACAGAAGAAGCAUACCUCAGCCACCUAGAGGCUCUGCUGCUGGCGAGCCAGCUCGGAGUGUAUCGGGCAUUCCUGGACAACUAUGAGCUUGCUGUAGAGACAGCGGAAAAGUGCUGCCAGGCUAACUCACAGUUUGCUGAAAUCUCUGAGAACCUAAAGGUGAGGAGCCCUAAAGACUGUAAGGAUAUGGCCAAGAACUCACUGGAGGCUUUGCUGUAUAAACCAGUGGACCGAGUGACACGCAGCACUUUGGUGUUACAUGACUUGCUCAAGCACACACCCACCAGCCACCCAGACCAUCCACUCCUGCAGGACGCCCUUAGAAUCUCCCAGAACUUUCUGUCCAGCAUCAACGAGGAGACGACAUCAAGGCGCCAGUCUGUAGCCUGGAAGAAGGGCGAGAACCGCCAGCUGCUGAAGGACAGUUUCAUGGUGGAGCUGGUGGAGGGAACCAGGAAGCUGCGGCAUGUCUUCCUCUUCACCGAUCUGCUUCUCUGUGCCAAACUGAAAAAGCAGAUAGGAGGUAAAAACCAACAGUACGACUGUAAGUGGUACAUCCCCCUGACCGAGUUGACCUUUCAAGGCCCUGAAGAAACGGAGCCCCUCACCAUUCCCCAAGUCCCGGACGAAGAGCUCGAUGCUGUUAAGGUCAAGAUCUCACACCUCCGUAGUGAGAUUCAGAGGGAGAAGAGAGCCAAUAAGGGUUCAAAAGUGAUCGACCGACUACGAAAGAAACUGUCAGAACAAGAGUCUUUGAUGCUGCUAACAUCUCCCAGCAUGCCCCUCAGACUGUUCAACAAGAACGGAAAGAGUUACAGCUUCCUGAUUUCUUCUGACUAUGAGCGUUCAGAGUGGAGGGAGAUAAUCAGGGAACAGCAGCAGAAAUGUGUUAAAACGCCCUCUCUGACGUCCAUGGAGCUGCAAAUGUUGACCAGCUCCUGUCUCAAACUCCAAACUGUUCACAACAUUCCACUUAGUCUGAAUAGAGAAGAGGAUGACUCCUCCGGUCUCUAUGGAUUUCUGAAUGUAAUCGUCCAUUCUGCCUCUGGCCUCAAACAGAGUUUAAAUCUCUAUUGCACAUUGGAGGUGGACACAUUUGGCUUCUUUUUGAAUAAAGCAAAGACGAGAGUCUACCGAUACACCACUGAACCCAAGUGGAACGAGGAGUUUGAGAUCGAGCUGGAGGGCUCUCAGACCCUGAGGUUGCUCUGUUACGAGAAGAGCUAUAACAGGACCAAGCUGAACAAAGAAGACGGAGACAGCACAGACCGCAUCAUUGGGAAAGGACAGAUCCUGCUCGACCCUCAGACUCUUCAAGGCAAAGACUGGCAGAGAACAGUCAUUCCCAUGAAUGGGAUUGAAGUGAAACUGUCUAUAAAGUUCACCAGCAGAGAGUUCAGCCUGAAGAGGAUGCCCUCAGAGAAACCCAUGGGUGUGUUUGGAGUAAAAAUCUCCACAGUGACCAAACGGGAACGCUCCAAGGUGCCCUAUAUCGUCCGUCAGUGCCUAGAAGAGAUAGAGAGGCGAGGCAUGGAGGAGGUGGGAAUAUAUCGUGUAUCAGGAGUAGCCACAGAUAUUCAGGCUUUGAAAACUGCCUUUGACACAAAUAAUAAAGAUGUGUCUGUGAUGAUGAGCGAGAUGGAUGUUAAUGCCAUCGCUGGGACCCUAAAGUUAUAUUUCAGAGAACUACCUGAGCCCCUCUUCACCGAUGAGCUCUACCCUAAUUUUGCAGGUGGCAUCACCCUCACUGAUAGUGUUGCCAAAGAGAGCUGUAUGCUGAAUUUGCUGCUUUCACUGCCAGAACCAAACCUGGUCACAUUCCUUUUCCUUCUCGAUCACCUCAAGAGGGUGGCAGAGAAGGAAAGUGUCAACAAGAUGUCUCUGCACAAUCUGGCAACCGUGUUUGGUCCCACCCUGCUCAGGCCGGCGGAGAAGGACAGCAAGAUCCCCUCUAACCCCACUCAGCCCAUUAGCAUGGGGGACAGCUGGUCCCUGGAAGUUAUGGCACAAGUCCAGGUCUUGCUGUAUUUCCUGCAGCUGGAAACCAUUCCCACCCCAGACAGUAAACGACAAAGCAUCCUCUUCUCUACUGAAGUGUAGAGUUUACUCCGACUCUGUCUGCUCUGGACUAUGACCGGCAGAGGUGUGAAAUGGGGAUGGACACUGGCUCAAAGUGAGCCUACAGUAGUGUGUUUUUAAAUUGACUUGGAAGGAUUGUCUCUGCAGAACACAAGAGGGCGCCAAUAAUCUCUUCUCCUCUGAGGAUUUGAGUUCGUGAUUAUACACAUCAUUACCCAGUAGUUAGUAUGUUUGGUAGCUGUAGUCAUUCAGCAGACGAUCUGCCUCUGUCACAUUUUGGGUUUUUCUCGUCUCAUAAAUGCAGACGUGUUAAAGUUCAACACAUCUUUCUGGAUUUCACGUACCUUUACUUUGCAGCAUUAUACCUCAAGUUUUCAUUUAUUUUGGACAAUCACAAAUUGUUUUCCACGUCCGGGCUCUUACCACGUCUUAUUUAAAAGUUACACAUUAUUUUGAUAUAGAUGAGACAUUUUUUGGCCUUUUUAUCAACCUUUUUUUUGGAAGGCACAGGAAGCCAACACCUGUGAUUGUGUUUACAGCGUAAACAAACCUGGCUGGAGUGGAAAGCUAUGACUUGAAAAUAGGUAUUUAAUAAUAAAAGAUAGUUGUAAUCUAAUGCUUUUUUUUUUGUACUAAAAAAGCAGACUUGUUUUUCUUGUCUCGUUUUUUUUUCUUAAAUUAGUCUCCAGUUUAAAUGCACAGGAAGCAAUAUAUUUCUUACGUAGGAAUUGUUGAAAUGUCCGUCCUGUUGUAACAUAGUACAUCUUGCCAAAUCGUUUUUUGUUGUAUUUAGCAGAGAAAAUGAGGCAUGUAGAUGUUUGUAAUCUUAAAGUUGUAAUUUUGUUAUAAAUUCUUUACUAUAAUUUAUUUUUGGGUUGACUGGUGGGGAAACACAGUCUUUUUCUUUAUAAAAAUAGUACCUUUAGCAUUUACGUCAAGCCUUUCUGUAAAUGAGCAAGAUUUUAGCCUUGUUUCUAAUAAUAUUCACCUGUUAAUUCUCCAUCAAAAUAUCUUUAUUUUUACUAUGAAGCAUUACAGUCUAAUCUGUUACUCCCCUGUGGAAAAAGAACAAGCAAAUUUAACUGCAGGGCAUUCCUUAUAUUUGUCAAAUCUCUAGAGACGUCUGUCCCCGCUCUAAUAAGACAUUGUGUCUGUUUGUACCAUUUAUUCUGUGGCAACAGAACAGCACUCAUAAAGAGCACAUCAGCUACUUUUUGCCCUUUUUAUUUUCCGCCUAAAUAUUGUAAAAUUUCCCAAAAGAUGGCCUUGCUUUUAAUUGCUCUGAUUCUGAUAUAACAUGCAGGCAUGUUUUAUAAUUUCUAUUAUGUUUUAAAUUCUUUUUUUUUGGGGAUGACUUUGUGUUCAAACUUCAUCUGAGAUUUUGUCAGUUUUUUUUCCUUUUGUUUGUUUGUUUUUAACUUAAUAAAACAUAUAUUUGUGUGGACAGAGGAAGCACAAUGUGAUCAGGUUUCAAUUUACACCAUUCAGCCACAAUAUUGAAAUCCAGAACUCAUUUUUACCCUCCUUGAAGCUAAUAUAGGACAUUGGAAAAUGUUUGGUAUCGGGAUUUUUUUUUCCUUAAGCUUUGAUAAUCCUUGUUUUUUUGUUAAAUCUUAAAAAAAAAUGUUUUUUUCCUUGGAAAAAAAGCUGAAACAAAUAGUUCUCACACUUAAUGUCUGUAACAAGUGCAAAUAGCACUGAGCGCCUUUGUGUUAUCGUGUUCAUCCUCAGUCCCCUGGUUUCUAAAAUGCUGAGAACAAUGAAGUUGCUGGCUUUUCAGUGUUCAGGUUUUAAACUGACAUUUCAAAACUAAAAAAACAGAAACAUACCUUGUAUUUUCAGUCAGAGGCAAGCAAAGGUGCUGCAAAUUUAGGAGUUUUAUUUAAAGCUAUAAAGCUUUUAGUAUUUGAGCGUUGCUCCUUUCCCACCGGUUUUAUUGCUGAAAGAAGCUUACUUCACUUUUCUCCUACUCAGAAUUUAAAAAAAAUAUAUCCAGCUGGAAUUAUUUCCAGUUCAAACACACUCUGACAAUCAGUAGCAUUACUAAACACAGUGUUGUUCAUCACUGAUUUAUUAGUAAAACUGUUUUAAAAGUACAGUUACGAAGAAUAUGAUUCAGUAACCAGCCAACUGUAGGCUGGUUACCAGAGCAGAUAGCCUGACUAACUAUUCUAUAUUCACUUAUUCUAUCUGAUUAAUGUCUAAAAGAUGUGCUUGUCUGCUCAGUAAUUAUGCACUUCAAACAUCUUAUGCACUUGAAAACCUCUCCCAAGUUUAGGUGGCGUGUGUUCUUCACUUUUUACUUGAAAACAGGAAAUGUUUCCAAAUAAUAAAUGUUGUAGAUAACAUAUAAGAAUUUGCAAUCAAUAUUCUACACUAUUUUAGCAGAAGUUUGCCCAGUUGUUGCCUUCUUGCUCGAUAUAAAAGUAAUUAGAUAAAGAAAAGUAAUUAGAUUAGGCUAGAGAAUUGGGUUUUAAAUGUUUGUAUAAACACCGUAAUGCUGUAAGAUGUUAUUAUUAUUAAUCAAGGUUCUAAUACUGUGAGAACUUCCUAUCGAUCCCUGCCUGCUUAAAUCACACAAAAACAGGUAGGAAUACCAUUUCAAAAAUAGCUUGGGCAGAUGUGCCUCAGAUGAAAAUUUUUUUGUUGUUUUUUGUAUCACUCAAAGCACAAAUUAACUGCAAAUGCAAGAAAUAGAUUUAUGGAAAUAUUUUAAAAUAGAAAAGCUUUAUCAUCCCUGCAGUUAAACACCCAAAUGUGUUGUAGAGCACCAAAAAAUAUCUAGCACAAUUUAUUACUGCGAAAUAAAAUGGGUAGAUUUAAGGUGUUGUGGUUUUUCCUGUUGUGGUUGACUGGUGUAUAAGAAACUACGUUAAAAGGGAAGCAAGAACUCAGUUGAUUUGAAUAGUAAAAUAUUUUUUUUUUCCUUUUAUACUGCAGAUUUUUGCUUCCAGCCACUAUAUAAUUUAACUCUUUUUUCCUCUCACAGUAGCAUGCCCUUUGCUCCUUUUUAUACAUGAUCAUUCAGUCGUGUUUCUCCAUCAUACAGAGUCCCAGCUGCCUGUACUUAUCCAACCUUUUUGUGCCUCAACACCUGCUUUUGUUUACCACAGACAUUUUACUUUCAAUGCCAGCUUGAAAUGCUGGUGGUAAAAAAAAAAAAAAAAAAACUUUCAUCCUCCUGUUGCCUUUGCUGAGGACAGCCACACAUCUUUCAUCUUUUUUCUUAUAGGCUAAGACAGGACCUUAAAGUACAAGCAUGGUCUUAGCUCAUCCUAUACAUGAGCAUUCCUUCAUCGACCUCUGUUGCUGUAAGUGAUUUAAACUCUGCUAAAUUUGGUCUUCUAAGGGCCACGCAGUUUUAUCUCUUGUAAUGCCUUUUUAUGCUAAUUUAUUUAUGAUUCCUUCUAGUUUGGUAUGAGAAAGUUCUUUAUCUUUUAAUUUAUGUUAAAAUGUCAAGAUAAUGUAAGAAACAUGUCUUAAUAUAAUGUGUUUUUUUUCUAAUUACCUGCCUCUUCUGCUGUGUUUAAAGCAUUUUGUUGCCAGUUUGUCUCACUCUAAGAACCACUAAGUAGCUCUGUAUACAGUGUCUCGCAAAAAUAUUUGCAUCCUUUGAAUGCAGUCCAAACAUUUUAUGAUGUAUGAACUGCAAAAUGAAUUCAUUUUAUUGGAGUUAUAUGUGAAACACCAACACAAAGUUGUGCUUAUUUAUAAAGGGAAAGAAUGAAGAUUCAUGGUUUUCAAAAAAGGGUUAAAACAAAACUCUGAUAAAAAAUGUUAUAUGCAUAUUUGUAUUUGAAAGACGUCAUUUUAGGGCAGUUACAGCUUCAAGCUUUUUGGAGUAUGAAAACCAGCUUUGUAUGUCAGGUGACUGAAGUUACUGCCCGAAGAAAAAAACAUAAUUUUCCCUUUCUUUUGAUAGGUGUGCUCUUCUUUUUGUUGGUGUAUCACAUACAACACGAUUUGAGGUUUUAAUGUGAAAAAAAUGUAAAGAAAAAGGUACAAAUAUUUUUCCAAGGUAUCUUUCAACUGAGUUUCUGCACUGUCAGCCCGGCGUAUCAAUAUUUUUCGAGCAGCAGACUGGCCACUGUGAUUGUUUAGCUCUCUGACGUGUACAACCGAAUAGAUGAUGCAGGUUCAGGUAACUCAGAUUUUCCAUGGACUGUAAAAUAUGUAUUAUACUAGAAAAUACAUACCUUGGUUUCCCUUUUAUUUAUUGUGCAAUUCACUGGAUCAUUAAGCAGCAAACUGGUACACUUUUAACCUUUUUGCAAAUCCAACCUGUCAGUUUUGCGGUAGAGGAGAGUCUAAUAAAACUCUAAAUCUGUAUUGUUUUGGUCAGUUUGUUGCUGUAACUGCAUGUUCUCGCCACAAAUUCAGCCCCAGCCAAAAAAAAAAAAAAAAUUUUUUUUUUUGUGGGCUUGCCUGAAGGUAUGGUGCAUAUUGCUUUAAAUGUGCAUUUAUUGUACAGGAACCCUGUUGUGUAUUGCCAUAUUAUAGGUAAUAUAACAAACCUUCUGCUGCCACUUCUCUGAAGUCAUGCCACCAAUAAAUCUGCCUACUUUUUUUAUGUUGAGAACAUAAAGUUACUCUCAAGGAUGAGAAUUGUCGACCAACUAUGUCACUUUCUUUUUCUUCCUGUUAACUAUUCAAUGUUCUGCUUGUAGAACUGUAAAAAGGAUUACUGUAUUCUGAGGGUAAAACAUGUUUGAGAGGCAUUUGCAGCCUAUGUUUGUACACAAAAAUAGUAAAUAAAAUCUCCUGUAUCUACAUAGAGCAUUGUGCAUUCCUCUUAUGAGUCUUACU